AUGGCCACCGAAAAGAAGGAGAAGAUGGAACCGCAAAUCAAGUCCGUCGACAUGACGGAGGAUAUGCAACAAGAGGCUGUUGAAGUUGCGAUCGAGGCGAUGGACAAGUACCACGUUGAGAAGGACAUCGCCCAGUACAUUAAAAAAGAGUUCGACUCGCGCAAGGGAGCAACAUGGCACUGCGUAGUAGGAAGAAACUUUGGCAGUUUUGUCACGCAUGAGACGAAACACUUCAUUUACUUCUACCUCGGGCACUGCGCCAUCCUCCUCUUCAAGACGCAAUAG